AUGGCCAGCAAACAGGCAUCAUCGGGAGCCGCUCGCCCAGGAGGAGCGCGUGGUGGUGGUGAUGCUUUCCACCAACAGCGUGCUAAAAUACAUGCGGCGCGUCAUAUCCCGGCUCAACCUGCAGAGUCGGUCUUAAAAGAUGGCGAAUUGGAUUUGCAGGCAUUUGUUGCCGCCCAUGAAUUCCAGAUCAAGUCUCUCGAACAGAGUAUGGCCACCUCCAAGGCUGCGAGUAGCACUCGUGCCUUUCAACAUGUCCCUCGAGGCUUACGCCGACGAACUGCCAGCCACAACCCGAAAAGAGUUCCCAGAAGACUUCGAGAGAGGGCCAAGAAGGAAAUGGCUCAAGAUAAUACACCAUUGGUUGAGCCUCGGCGACGAAAGCCAAAAACGACACGAUCCCGAUUGCGAGCCGAAACUGCCAAACGGCUGGGCAAGCUAGCCGCCUUACAGAAGAAGCGGAAGAAAGAAAAGGCUGAUGCGAAUGAAGAAAAGGGAAUUCCUGUAACAAAGCCAAAAACAAAGAUUCGACGAAAUGAAGUAAACGCUCCGCCCCAGCCUCCAGCCAAGUUCCGACGACGCCAGCUAAACAAGACAUGGCUACCAACGCACCUUUGGCAUGCUAAACGUGCGCGAAUGACAUUGCCAAAACACCCUCUGUGGCGGUUCGCAAUACCAAUGACGCCAAGCGAAAAGAUUUACAGACCGACCCAUCGUGCCCAAGGUGACAGAGGAACUGUCAUAUGGGAUACAAGCUACAUGAGUACUAUUGGCCUGUAUGGUGUUUCGGCGGGAAUGGAGCGAGUUCUCAAGGCCCUUGGAAUCACCGAUGAUGCCUGUUGGAACGACCGAGGUGUCGGUUGGAGAUCGGGAUGCAGGGCUUGGGUAGGUUCACUAAGCCGCAGUGUGCACGGCACGAGGCGUGCUAUUGGCCCUGCUCAAGUGAUCUGGAAUCCUCAGUCGGAAGAAGAUACCGCGCAAGGUACAAAGGCACAACGCCAGGCGUAUAUCCGCGUCCACCCUGCGUCUUUCCUGGAAACCUUCAAUGCGCUCUUACACCUCAUUAAGAUGGAAAAUCCAAGGCUCUACAUUGAAGACUUGCGUUUUGAGAUUGGAAGUAUUGAGCUGACUGGCCCUGCCUCUACCGAAGUUCUCUUGUCUGUUUUAACGCCUUAUAAAACACAGGACAAAUCGCACAAAGGAAACGCUACGUUAUUCAAAUCGCUUAAGGGUCUAACUAACCCUGCCGCGUUACCAGACCGAUCAUUGCUUUCAUUUUCGGUCCAAGACCCCCGAUUGCGCUAUCCUCCGAGGAAAAUGGAAGUAGAAAGUAGCAACGACGGCGGAUUCGAAUUAAUGAAGCUCGUGGCGGAGUGGCCAGCAAAGGACCACCUUCGACCCGCUGCUUUAUUUGACAGGAAGGCUAGGCAUCGAGCCACUUGCUUGCCAUCGCAGCAGUCAAUAAACCGCCGAAGAAGCAAAGCUGCUCCGGGUGAAUAUGCCAAGGCAAUGUUGAUUGAUCCUCCCAUCCCUGUGAUGCUGCUUGCUACUCGUUCUGGGUCAAAUCUGCAAACUCAGGGAACUUGGACACUUAUGCUUCCAUGGAAGUGCGUAUUGCCAGUCUGGUACAGCAUUGUGCACUGCCCUCUAUUGUCCGGUGGGAACCCAAGGUUUGCUGGUCUGAACGAAUCGAUGCAGGUAGCGUUUGAGCGAUCGCUGCCGUGGUUCCCUGCCGACUAUAUUACGACUGACGCCGGUGCCACGUGGGAACUGGACCAGCGGGCUGAACGCCGAAAGGCCUGGGAGAAGAAACCAAAGAGUAAACGCACGGAAUGGAGCUCACUCCCUCUAGGCUCAGGUAGAAAGGGUGAGGUUGGUGACGGGCUUGCCUGUGACUUUGAAACACUUUUUGGCCUCGGCGACUCAGUUGUGGGUGACAAGGAACAAACCAGCGAUGCGAAUGAUAUGGAUUGGACGCCGACAAACAACAAAGUAUCCAAGGCUAACGUCCGCCCCCUCGAUCUUUUAAAUAACGUCUCCACGAAAACCUUCAGAGAACUCGUAGCGACACCAACAGCAACCAUUCCGGUGCCAAACGCGCUGCUUACGAUUCGAAUCUCUAUUAUUGCCCGUGGUGUAGGCACAUCAUGCGCUAGAAUAUAUCGUCUACCUAGAGCUCGCGAGCCCAUCUCAGUGUCGAAUAACACAGAAGUCCCUGCAACGAUUCCGGAUGCUGAACAGACAUGCCUACCCCAUGACUUGCGUCAGCAAUGGCUCAACUGCGCUCCCGCAAACUUCUCUACUCAGAAAAGAACCCGGUCUGAAAAGCAGGCCUUCGACAUUAAAUGCCGAAAACAACGCUUAGCACAAGAGCUUACGGCUCCGCCUGCCCAAUACCCUCCAUUGCCAUCCAAUAUGAACAAAAUCGAUGAUCAUCAUCCACUGGUCCCUGAUGCAGAAGAUUUGAUUGGGUUCAUAACCUCCGGAUCGUUCAAUCUGGCUGCUGGCAGAGGCACUGGCCUGGGUGCUAUUUCAGCCGCUAAAGUGUUGGCUGAUGUACGCGAUAACUCUGAUGAGGGGCGAUUGUGCAUUGUGAGAAAUGCAGGGGAGAACGUUGGAUGGCUAGCUAAGUGGGAAAUGAUUUAA